AUGAUUCCUACAAAAUCAAAACCAGAUUCGCCGCAGACCCGUAAGCAGGCUGUGGCUGAAGCCUCGUCAUCCCGUGUCCUUCCCAAGCCUGUGCCAGAAUCUCAGGCUCAGGAUCCCAGGACAUAUCAGAUCGAGCAGUUACGCCGACGAUACUCACCAAAGGAAACCACCGCCCCAGAUGGUGCAACUUCACUAGUCUUCAGGAUCAAGCCCUCAGAUCCCGAUUUUCCAUUCGAGCUAUCCGCUCUUGAGUGUGAUAUCCGUGUUCCCCAGGCUUACCCGGAUGAGACGCCGGUGUUGCAUGUAAAGAACAAGGACAUCGAGAGGGGUUUUAGUAUCAACAUCGAGAGAGGAUGGGACUCACUUGUCGAGGAGAGGCCCGGAGCCACCUUGCUCGCUUACACUCGAGAGUUGGACAAGAACCUGGAAAAGUUCCUAUCUGAGCAAAAGGCCGAGACAGUCAAGCUCAUGACUUUUAGAGACACGAGGCAUGUGGAGGCACAAAAGACUCAGACAGAAGAGCCAGCGCAGCCGUCUCAGCCGUCUCAGCCUGCUCCGCCAAAACCUGCUCCGCCGCCUGUGAGGUACGUUCCAGAACCGUCAUACACGAAGGAUGAAGUCGCCGCUGCGAAAGAGCGACGGGCUGCCGAGAUUCGCCAGCUCGAGGCACGUAUGAAGAGGACGCCCGAAUACCGCCGUUCACCCGACGGUGUUGUGUAUACUUUACCGCUAGAGCCACAGAAGCGUUCUCAGCUUCCACCAGGAUUGCAGUCUGUCAGAAGUCUUCAUCUAAUCAUUCCUUUGCUUUACCCCCUGCAAAACCUUCGCAUUCAGCUCAAUAACGUCGAGCCCCAAGAUGCGGAGCCUGUGGAGGACCUCUUUUGCGAGAAAGCUGAGGAGCAGCAACAUAUGUCUCUCAUGAGCCACCUGAACUACCUCGCACAAAACAUUCAUAAGCUUGCCAAGCAAGCACAGGCCCAGGUACCCAAGGUUGAGACACCUGCACCAGCUACCGAAGAUGAGUCUCAAGAUACAGAGGAAUCCGCGCCAAAAUCUGAGAAUAGCCACAUUCAGGUGAUUCCACGACCCCCCGAGUGGGGUUACGCUGUUGCAGACGACGAAGAAAGCUCUAGCUCUGAUGAGACUGAUGAUGGUGGCGCUGUGAUAGAGAACGAGGAAAAGGAACCGCAAGUCUACAUGCCAGGUGAAACCCCUGAGCGUGGCACUAUGUUGUCAUUUCCUUCGAUUGAGUUGCACGGUAUCGAACUCCUUCAGCUUGCCAUCUUGGGCAUCAGCAUCAAGUGCGAGCGAUGCAAGACAGUGAACGAAGUCACGGGUCUGCAGCCCGACGUCGAAAAGACGUCGAGCUGCAAGAAGUGUGCUGAAGCAUUUGCCGUCAAGUUUCGACAAACGCUCAUCCACGAGAAUUCUACACGGGCUGGAUUCCUCGAUCUGGCAGGGUGCAAGGUGGCAGACAUGUUACCUAGCACGUUUGUUCCUACUUGCGGGAGGUGCUCUACCCCAGCCCCAGGUCUCGUCUCAGUACGAGGAUCAUCAGUGACAAAUGUCUGCCGAGACUGUCACGGUCAUUUUACCUUUAAAAUUCCCGAAGUCAAGUUCUUGUUCAUCACCCCGGGGUCUCGCCCCCCACCAACCUCCGGUCCUCGUCGGAAACAAGAGAAGCUUGGUCUGCAUGCGGGAGACCAACUGCCCGACAAGGGUACAUGCUCGCACUACCGAAAGUCAUACCGAUGGUUUCGCUUCUCAUGCUGCAGCCGCGUACACCCCUGCGACAAGUGCCAUGACAAGCAGGAAGACCAUAUAAACGAAUGGGCCAACCGCAUCAUCUGCGGCUGGUGUAGCCGCGAGCAGAAUUACUCGUCGGCUGUCGAGGCGUGUAGAUUCUGCGGUCGCUACCUGAUAGGUAAAAAGGGAAGGGGUUUCUGGGAGGGUGGAAAGGGAACGAGAGACAGGACGACGAUGAGUCGGAAGGAUCCGAGAAAGUACAAGAGGAUUGGUACUUCGGCGGCCAGAGAAAAGUAG